CGUGUGGGCACAACAAACAAGUGCCGGAACGCAACGAAACAGAGAAAUGGAAAAAAGAAAAAGGAAAGGCUUCGCAGCUUUCACGCGACAAAAUUACAAAAACCAGCGGUGAAUCAGAACAAAACACAAUGGGGGAGGAGAGAGAAGCUUUAAUUCGAAAUUCUGUCGUCUCUCUAUAGCUCAGCUCAGACUCAGACUCUUCUCCCCACCACGCCGCUAACAGUCGGCGGAGACCGCUGUGGGCUAGAUCGCCGUGGCGGAGCCGGCCUACACUCCUGCCCCGGCCUCUUCCCCCUUGAGGAAUCUACACUUGCCAGGGUUUGCCUAUGGCCUCAGCUGCUUAUAUUGAUGAUUCUGGCUCUGAGGUUAUUGAUCCCCCAAAGUCCGAGGUACUGGAUGUUACUGAACUCAUUGGCGAUCAUAUUCAGCUUACUCCAAAACCCAAUGUGGUAGUUUCUAGCAGCGUUCGUGAACUUUUGGAAUGUCCAGUCUGCUUGAGUGCCAUGUACCCUCCUAUACAUCAGUGCUCUAAUGGUCAUACAUUGUGUUCUGGAUGCAAGCCACGGGUUCACAAUCGCUGUCCAACUUGUAGGCAUGAACUGGGUAACAUAAGAUGCCUUGCUCUUGAGAAGGUGGCUGCAUCUCUUGAACUUCCAUGCAAGUACCAGAACUUUGGUUGCGUAGGCAUUUAUCCUUACUACUGCAAGAUGAAGCAUGAGUCACAGUGCCAAUAUAGGCCUUAUAGUUGUCCGUACGCUGGAUCUGAAUGCACGGUUGCUGGUGACAUUCCAUACUUGGUAAAUCACUUGAAAGAUGAUCACAAAGUUGACAUGCACAGUGGAAGCACUUUCAACCAUCGCUAUGUCAAGUCAAAUCCUCAUGAAGUUGAGAAUGCCACCUGGAUGCUUACGGUUUUCAGCUGCUUUGGCGAGUACUUCUGCCUGCAUUUUGAAGCAUUUCAGUUGGGGAUGGCACCUGUCUACAUCGCUUUCCUGAGGUUCAUGGGAGAUGACACGGAAGCAAAGAACUAUAGCUACAGCCUGGAAGUAGGAGGCGGUGGGCGCAAGAUGAUCUGGCAAGGGGUUCCCCGGAGCAUCAGAGACAGCCAUCGAAAGGUCCGAGAUAGCUAUGAUGGGCUAAUAAUCCAACGGAACAUGGCCUUGUUCUUCUCCGGUGGUGAAAGGAAGGAGCUAAAACUGAGGGUCACCGGGAGAAUUUGGAAGGAGCAGUGAAAUGAUCAGCCAAUCCAUCUUUUUCCCUGGCAUGAAUCCAUUAAUCAGAUUGCGAGAAUUUGUAUUAAUACAUAGGCGUUGGUUCUGAAGCCUACAACUUGUAAUACAGAGUAGUUUUCACCCUCUUUUAGCUAUCUUCGACUAGGUUGGCGCCUGUGGAUGGUCAGGUAUCACCCAAAUAACCUGAGUGUUACUGAUGUAGGAUUCAUGGCAAUCUUCUCUUUGCCUAUGAACUGCUUGGGUGUCGCCACUCUAUAGCAUAGGGGAACCUAAUGGCAACUCAUGAUCUGUAAAGGUUGUAGCUUCUGUCUGUUUGAUGCUCGAUUUCUAUGUGUCUUGCAAUGUUACUCCAGGAUCUGUAACAGCUUGAGAAUUAGAACAUGUAGGUAAUCAUGGUGAAGUCAUGAAUCACUCUUUGGGGAUACUUGGACAGAAAGAGAUGUUGAAUAGCUGAGGGUUUGCACA